UGAUCAAAAAGUCUUCAUGAUGAUUUAGUUAUCAUCAAGCUGCAGCGGUCUGUACCUCGACCAGAGCGCUUCAGUUUGGUGUUAGAUCGUUGAAGCUGGAUCAUGUGACAGAGAGGCUGGCAUUCGACACCAGACCGAUGGUUUCGAAAAUGAGAGACGCUCAUAUCAUCCCAAGGAGCCGGAAUGGACACAUCAGAAUCCAGAGUUGUAAAGGGCCAGAAGGCAGCUUCCAUGCCAAAUUACAUUACUGAGAGCUCUGGGAUAUAUGAAUGAAGAUAUAUUGGCCACUGCGCUGCACAUCAAGUAUUCUGCAACUAAAAUACAACAGAAUAACAUAUCUGCUGGAGGCCAGCAUAGAUGGGGAAAUUAUGUGUUUUUUUGUUGUUUUUUUUAAUUCCACAGCAUCAAAGUAACGUCUACGAUUUGGAUUAUUGUUUUUCAGUUUUUGUUAUAAACUUGUUUUAAAAAUGAAUACCGUCUUACCGAAACUCAACGAAACACGUGAUAGGAAAAAACGUUAAAUGCUCUGCUUGGGGUUCUUAUUAACAAGCAUUUUAUACAUACACUCUGAAUAAAAAAAGAUCGGUCCAGACAGGAAGAGGCGACGGAGAGCAGAGGAGGAGAGGCAAAAAGGUGUGGUUCCGCUGACACGAAACCAAACGAAGAGCUGGAAGGUGAUGCUGUUAAUCCUGGCCUCUCUGAUGAUAAUUGUGGUUGGGGGGUUUCCCGGGGAGGGCUGGAGCCCCGAGACGAGCCCUGUGACAGAGGGAAGCCCAGGUGAGGCUGGCAUGGAGCUGGGCGAGGUGGCAGGCUGGCCCUCCCCGGACCAUUUGGAGCUGAACGAGUUGGAGGACAGCAGUGCACUCCCCCUCCAGUCCUCCUUGGACAACUUGUUCUCGGAGCCCUCUCUCCCCGAAUUUUCUGAGGACCGUCAAAUCCGAUGGGAGCGCUCUGCACCAGGCUCCGGGCAACAAAAAGGGUCUAAGAAGGGACGGAGAAAAAGCAAGCCUUCAUCCAGUGGGGACUGCAAGAUACGGACCCUACAUGUCCGGGUUCAAGACCUGGGUUUGGGCUACGAUUCAGAAGAGCUUGUGCUCUUCAAGUACUGCGCCGGGUCCUGCCAGCUCGCCCGUUCGAACCACGAUGUGACACUCAGUACACUGCUUCAGAAGAAGAUCAUCCAGGGGGGCCGGGGAGAGGAAAAGAUCAGUUCUCAUCCUUGCUGCCGGCCAACUCGGUAUGAGCCCAUCACAUUCAUGGACAUCCAGAACAGAUGGAAGGCCGUGGAGAAGCUCUCGGCUGCAGAGUGCAGCUGCUUGGGUUGACAGACGCACACCACCACCUCCUUUUCUACGGGGAUGAUACAGAAUAGACAGGGUAGAGCUUCUAUUCAAGAAAAUUGUGCUGAUGUGGGGCUGUGACCAGGGGGUGCCAGAGUUGUAGUUCAGAAUGGAAGCCAGCAAGUCUAGCGGCUUCCAUGGUGGCUUUUUACCUCUAGGUGGAGCACUGAUCAUGCAUUCAGAACGAGGUAAUCCUUCAUAGGCUGGGACGCCUUGAGAACAGGAGAAAAGACUGACCUGAUGGUAAAAGGCAUGAUGUCUAUAAUUCCUGCUUGAUGCAUUGCCUGGGCUUCAUUUUGACCCCUCCACCCCUCAGUUCUACUGCUUUCUAGGAAGUUGUAAAACAUCUUGUCAGUAGCGACAAUCCCUACAUCCUGGCAGUGCACUUGCUAGUGGCUCUAGAUCCACAAAAAGAAUGUGGGGGGGGGGGUAUCUGCAAACACUGCCACAGGUCCAUUUACACUGCCAGUUACACUUGCUGGGAACCAUUGAGUAAAUUAUGGAGUUCCACCAGGAUUUUCCCAUGCAGAAAGUUGACUCUCAUCUUAGAAAGAAAAAACAUCUAAGUAUGUUUGCUUGUUUAUUCAUUGAAAUUCUGCUAGAUGGUAUUGUUUCAAGGAGCUGCUUGGACUUGUGCAGCACAGCUGAAGGAACCAAUACAAAGGAAGGUGAAGUGGGCCACACAUGAUGGGCAGUUUGUGUAUUAGACCGGACUGAUUUGACCUUUUUAUGUUUCAAACAUAUACAUGGCACUGGUAGAAAAGAAAAUAUACAUUUAAAAUGCGUUGUUCAGAAAAGGAAGUGAGGUCAUUUUAUAGAAUGUGAGUGGAUGUUUGGAAUGAAAGAAAGGGCUGAUUACGGUCAGAGCUCUAGUCUCGUUGAAGUGUGCACCAUGGGUUUGGAUUGUACAAUUCUGAGACCACAGACUUGCAGGGCAAACUUUGUUAGAGGUGCACAAGGGAAGGUGAAGAGAACAGUUUGGGCAUUUGCUCAUAACCACCAGAUAAGUUUUUUCUCUGAGCUGGCAGCAGAGCUGGAAAGACUAGUGGCAGUCCCUUUUACAUCACAUUUCUUUAAAUGCCAACGAUCAAUACACAUAGUUUUUUUUUGUUUGCUGUUUAUUUAUAUAUUACUCAGGCUAGCUCAACUGGAAGACAAUGAGAGAUUGUGAUUAAAGCAAAGGAAGAACCACUUUAGAAAUUCAAUAGUAAUUGCAGUCACUUCCUGUCUCCUCUGAGUCAAGCUUCUGGAACAGUAAGUCCACUUUACAACCUGUGCAUAGCAUUGAAUGCUCUACAUCUCCUUAUAUUAUUGUACUGUAGGCAAAGUAUUUGUUAGAAAAACAAAACAAAGAAUUUUGAGACUGGUAUCCUAGCUCACUGUCCUUCACCUUUGCUACUUGGUCUCAUUGUCUCCCUCACCCUAAUGCACGCUUGGUUAUGGGCCUUAGACUCCCUACCACAUUACCUAAAACCUGGUUUAUUAAUGUAAACUUCUGCAGCUCAAUUGGUUGUCAGGUGCAGCUUGGUUCACCAGUGCUGUGUGAGAACCUAGUUGGUACUGUAGAAUCCUGGUGGUAGAUUCUGUUUGAUGUAAUUGUUAAAUGAAAUCCAGUUUAAGCUUGUCACAGUAAAAUGUUUUUUUUUUUUUUUUUUUUUUAACAUAGUAACCUCACUAACUUUUGGACAGUGAAAGAUAGUGUAAUCUUGCUGUUUUUCUCAGAAUUUUGUUUUGUAAUGACAGCUGGAUUCUGGGUACUGUAGUUUUUGUUGUUUGUAUUGAAUGGUGACCUCUUACCCACAAUCCUGCACACCCAUAUGUAUGAUCUUUCUGGUUAUAAGCCUUCACCACUAGGUUAAUCUCUCGUUAUAUCUAGAUUGGGAAUUAUAAUAGUAAUACCUAUAUUUUUUUACAAAGGCAAUGCAUUUCUGUUUACAAGAACUAACUGAAAUGGGCUUGUCUAUAUUUCCUUUUACCGAGAAAUCUAAAAUAUUUCUCUUCAUGUAUUUCAGAUAGGUGUGGAUGCAGUUGGUGGAUGUGUGACAGUUUGCAUUGGGUUGCAAUUUAAAUACAUUUCUUUGUGUUGAGAGAGCCCUCUUCAUUCCAUUCUCCAUCGCUUUUAAGCACAAACAUCACCAUUGGAUGCUAUGCAUCUCCUUUCAUUAUUGUACUAGAGGCAAAGUAUUUAUUACAUUUUAAGUUAUUUAUUUAUUUUUUUUUAUCAAACUUGUUCUUUUAAAUACCAGAUUGCUAUUUAUUAUAAAGUGGCCAUGUAUCUUAUUUUCAAUAAAUGUACAGAAGACCUUUUUCGUGAGAACCUGAAUGGACAGCAGUGAGAAAAAAAAGACCACCCUCUUCUAAAUAAACCAGGCUGGUAUUUCUAGGGUUUCCCCAGUAAAAUUAUUAAAGGUUUCUUCAGGGACCAGGAGAUCCCAGUUCUUAGUAAAUGGGAUGCAGCAGUUCUGACUAAUGAGGUCUUCUUUAUCUCAAGCUCAGUGAUCUUAAACAUUAAGACGUCAUAAUCCU